AGAUAAUCCUGGAAGAGAGAGUGUGUGCAAUUGGUUGUGAAAUUAGUAUGUGUGUGCCUGGGACAGGGGAACCAUGAGAUCAACAAUCAGAAGUAUCCCUAGUCUACAACUGGGGAGACCAAAUAAUGUCACACUCUAUUCAUGGAGUUUUUAUGGAAUGCAGAUGGCUUUUCCCUUUCCCUGCUUCCUAUCCAGGCGUCCCUUGGUCUAUGAUGUUGCUCCCAAAAUCAAGUCCCAAGUUGAGAAACAAAGUCCUGGAUUCCAGGAAAAUGAGGUUGCAAUGAAGGAGCUAGUGGGGAACCUUCGAAAGGCAGUGAGUCGCAUUGUGAAAGGAGGUGGGGAAAAGGCAUUGCAACGACAUACAUCUGCAGGGAAGCUUCUUGUGCGAGAACGCAUCGAUCGCCUCCUGGAUCCAGGGAGUCCAUUCCUUGAACUCUCUCAACUCGCUGGAUACGGAUUAUAUGGAGAUGAAGAAGUCCCUGCUGGAGGCAUCAUCACUGGCAUUGGGAGGGUCUCUGGGCAGGAAUGCAUGAUAGUGGGGAAUGAUGCCACUGUGAAAGGGGGGACAUAUUAUCCAAUCACAGUGAAGAAACACUUGCGAGCUCAGGAGAUUGCAGAGGAGAAUCAUCUGCCAUGUAUCUAUUUGGUGGAUUCUGGGGGUGCAAAUCUCCCUCGUCAGGCUGAUGUCUUCCCUGACCGUGAUCAUUUUGGACGCAUAUUCUACAAUCAAGCUCGAAUGUCUGCCAAGGGGAUUCCCCAGUUGGCAGUGGUGCUAGGGAGCUGCACAGCAGGAGGAGCGUAUGUUCCUGCUAUGGCAGAUGAAAGCAUCAUAGUACGGCAGCAGGGGACCAUCUUCCUUGGGGGUCCACCUCUUGUCAAAGCAGCCACAGGGGAAGAGAUCUCAGCUGAGGACCUUGGUGGUGCUGACCUCCAUUGCAGCAAGUCAGGUGUGACUGAUCAUUAUGCUCUGGACGAUGAGCAUGCCCUAUACUUGGCCAGGAAAGCAGUGGUAGAGAUGAACCUGGAGAAGCUACCCGAUGUCACCUUGUCCCAAGAGAAAUCUGAAGAUCCCCUCUACCCUGCUUCUGAUCUCUAUGGCAUUGUUGGGGAUAAUCUCAAAAAGACAUUUGACGUCCGUGAGGUGAUAGCAAGGAUUUUGGAUGGGUCAAAAUUCUUGGAGUUCAAAGCAAAAUAUGGGGAGACGCUGGUGACAGGAUUUGGACGUCUCUAUGGGUACCCAGUAGGAAUCAUUGGGAACAAUGGAGUUCUCUUCUCUGAGUCUGCAUACAAAGGCACUCACUUCAUCCAACUCUGCUGCAAGCGCCGAAUACCACUAAUCUUCCUUCAGAACAUUACAGGGUUCAUGGUGGGUCGAGAAGCCGAGGCAGGAGGGAUUGCAAAGAAUGGUGCCAAGUUGGUGACAGCAGUGGCAUGUGCUCAAGUGCCAAAAAUCACCCUCAUCAUUGGAGGAUCCUAUGGGGCUGGGAACUAUGGAAUGUGUGGCAGGGCCUAUGGGCCACGCUUUAUGUACAUGUGGCCUAAUGCAAGAAUAUCAGUGAUGGGUGGAGAACAGGCUGCAAAUGUAUUGGCACAGAUCACGAGGGAUCAACGUAUGCGUGAAGGGAAAGAGUUCACGCAGGAGGAGGAGAUGGCAUUGAAGGACCCCAUUAUAGCUCGUUUUGAGGAGGAAGGAAAUCCUUAUUAUGCCAGUUCUCGUCUGUGGGAUGAUGGGAUCAUCGAUCCUGUGGACACAAGGCACGUCUUGGGCUUAAGUCUGAGUGCCACACUCAAUGCGCCCAUCCCUCAUACCACCUUCGGUGUCUUUCGCAUGUGAACUUCCACACUAUUAUUCUUUAUUUUACUUCAUUUGGGUUUGCUGUAAUUUCUCUAUCUUAUUAUGCUUACUCUCUAGUCUUGCUUAUCGCACUGCACCGGUUCGCGGGAAUGGAAGUAAUUUCAGUAAAGAGAAGUUUAUGCAUUUGCGAGUCUGUAUUCAUUGGCAACCACUAUUGUGAAAUGUUUCAAGAGAAACUUCUUGGGGUUAAUUUUACUAUUCGAU